UCUAUGUCCUCCUGAAUGACGUCACCAAGGAUACAUUACUUCCUCGGAGCCACCACAGGCCACCUGUUACAGUGUUCAGUGCGUAUCGCCAGUUCCACUAAAGCGCACAGGAGCCCGUUCCAAAUGGACAUGGACAAAGCCGGCGUGAUCAAAUUCCGUCAUUGUGGAAAGGACAUUUACUGUUUUUCUGUCCCGGAAUGUUGCCCUGUUUGUCGGGAAAGUUUAAGCUCCAGGACUCGGAGGCUAGAAGAAGCACCUGUCAGUAUUCCUAAUCCUUUUAUGAACGGACAAAAGGUAACAAGUUCAUUUCUGGUAAAGCCUACCAAAGGAACAUUUCUCAGAGAGUAUGAUGGAAGUUCAGAUCUUCAUGUGGGAAUCACAAGUACUAAAGGUGUGGUGUAUAAUUAUAGUGAGGCUGGAGUCUGCAGAGACCAGCAUGGCUGGGAGCAGUCUGUCAGCAUCCCCCUGGUACAGCCUGAUAUGUACAGUCUAAUAAACCAAUGGGAUCACUACCUGGAGCAGUUCUCAUCGACUGACAUGUGGGAUCCUCAAAGAUAUGAAGAACAUGAACACAACUGCUACACCUACGCCCUGACGUUUAUAAACUGUUUGCUCGCCACGCAGGGAAAGCGGCAGCUAACGAAGACUGUCUUCACAGAGAAGUUUGUUCUUCCCAGAACGAGAAGGGCUUCCAGAUACAUCACACUCUAUCAGGAGAUUUCCCAUAAGUCUUUUUAUAUUGUGGACAGCUCCCAAAGAGAGAACGACAACUGUGUUUGAAUUGCAGGCCAAUCUAAACAGUGGACAUUCCCCUGGGUAGGAAUGCAUUGAAAUCACUGUCAGCCACAAUAAGCUGAAAACUGACAGUAUGUGUUUAAUGCUUUUUUCUGGUGUAACUGUGCAGUGUUUGCUGAGACCACAGUGCGGGUCAGUUGAGCACAUUAAUGUACAGCACUGUAUAUUAGUGUACUGUAUGAUUUCAUGUUGGAGUGGUUUGAAUCUUACAGCAGCAGUUACAAAAAUAUUUCUUGCUGUUAUGAACAUUUAUUGUAAUAUUAUCUGAACUAUCUUAACAGUGGGCCUAGGCUAGGUAACACUGUACUAGUUAUAUCGAAAGUGGCUAUGUACAUGUAGGUCUUGUGUUUAAAUGAAACUACAAAUUAACCUAGUUUUACCUGACCUGCUUGUGACUGCUGCACUGUGUUCAGAACCUUCUUGUGGUUGUGUAAUAGGUGCUAUACAAAUGUAAUGCUUUUGAAUGAACUGAAUGAUGUUGCAUUUAUCUAAGGAGAACUGAAUGAGCAUGGAGUCUCACAGGGUCAACGUGAAUGAGGGUUUUGAAUCUGAUCUGUGGUUUCAAGAGAUGGUACAAUUGAUUUCAUGAGGGGAUGUGCUUAGUUUUAUAGUGUGGUCUCACUAUGACCUUAGUAACUACAAUGUUUAGGGGUGGGGAGUAAGAGAUCUAUAUGUACGAGAGGUGUGGGAUUAUGCCCUAUUUCCUAGUUCAUUAUGUCUAAUUGAUUGAUUAAGAUUGACAGGUCCAUUGUCCCAUCUCUAAAACCACACACAUCUUCAAAUACUGUCAACACAGGGCUGCUGCAGCCAGAUCUGAUAUCCAAUACCAGUAAUACGUUUGUCACGAUAAAAGAGUGAAUUGCUGCUCAUUAUAACUUGUCACACUCUCGUGGUUUCACCAUUCAUAAGAGAUGAUGCUAAUUUAAGUAAGGAAACAUAGAAAAGGAUUUAAAAAAGAACAGAAACACAUGUGCAAUGUUCAAAGAAUUUGUUUUGCCAAUGCAAAAGAACACUGAAAAGCCCAGCACUGAAUUAGAUUUUUUUUUUUUUUUUUUUUUUUUUUUUUUUACAAAAUUAACCUUAAUGUUAACACUGUGCAAUCUGUAAAUACAUUUGUUUUACAUACUGCAUUAAAAAAAAAAAAAGUUGCCUUUCAAAUCUGGAAAUAGGUUAAUGUACCCUUAAUAAAACAAAUAACAUGUUUUUCUCUUUUAUGACAAGUGGGAGUUUCCUUACAGAUUUUGUGUUUCAUGCUCUUAUUUAAGUAGGUCACGUUAUAAGCUAUAUCACUAAUAUGCAGGAGUAGUUUUGUUCUCAGUCUCCUAAUUCUGAACUGUUAUCACAGGAGUA